UUUCUUUUUAGACGCUGGUCCCUGCAUGGUGAACUCCCACAUUUGGCAGCCUACAAGAGAUAUCCAGACAGGGCUGAGGGCCGCCAUUAAUUCUCCCGGAGCUCCAAGGACGAUGGAGGAGCCGGGAGAACGUAUGGCCGGACCGCCGUACCUUCUUCGGCAUCGCCGGUUGAUGGACAUAGCGCCGGCAAGCCCAAGCGACUCAGGGCAUUCCGGCUCCAAGGGGAUGACCAUCAUGGUGUCGAUCCUGGUGGUGGUCAUCAUCUGCACUCUCUUCUACUGCGUCUACUGCUGGAGAUGGAGGAAGCGCAACGCUGUCAGGAGAGCUCAGAUAGAGAGCCUGCGGCCGCUGUCCAACUCAGACUUGCCCCUCAUGGACCUCACCUCCAUCCAUGAGGCCACCAACAGCUUCUCCAAGGAGAACAAGCUCGGCGAAGGCGGCUUCGGGCCCGUUUAUCGGGGCGUGCUGAGCGGUGGCGCGGAGAUCGCAGUGAAGCGGCUGUCGGCGAGGUCCCGGCAGGGCGCGGCGGAGUUCCGGAACGAGGUGGAGCUUAUCGCCAAGCUUCAGCACCGGAACCUGGUCCGGCUGCUGGGCUGCUGCGUCGAGAGGGAGGAGAAGAUGCUCAUCUACGAGUACCUCCCCAACCGAAGCCUCGACGCCUUCCUCUUCGAUACCAGAAAGAGUGGGCAGCUGGACUGGAAGAUGAGGCAGAGCAUCAUCCUGGGGAUCGCUCGCGGAAUGCUGUACCUCCACGAGGACUCGUGCCUCAAGGUCAUCCACAGGGACCUCAAGGCCAGCAACGUGCUCCUCGACAACAAGAUGAACCCCAAGAUCUCUGACUUCGGCAUGGCCAAGAUCUUCGAGGAGGAGAGCAACGAGGUGAACACCGGGCGCGUGGUCGGCACAUAUGGGUACAUGGCUCCUGAAUACGCGAUGGAGGGCGUUUUCUCGGUGAAGUCGGACGUGUUCAGCUUCGGUGUCCUGGUGCUGGAGAUCCUCAGCGGGCAGCGGAACGGCUCGAUGUACCUUCAGGAGCACCAGCACACCCUUAUCCAAGACGCCUGGAAGCUGUGGAACGAGGACAGGGCGGCGGACUUCAUGGACGCGUCGCUGGCGGGGUCGUACUCAAGGGACGAGGCGUGGCGGUGCUUCCACGUCGGGCUGCUGUGCGUCCAGGAGAACCCGGAGCUCCGGCCCACCAUGUCCAACGUGGUGCUCAUGCUCAUCAGCGACCAGACGCAGAUGCCGGCGCCGGCGCAGCCGCCGCUGUUCGCGAGGUUCAAGAAGGUGUCCGUGUCCGAGUUCUCGCUCGCCAUGAAGACCGACACGACCAAGACGCAGUCCGUCAAUGAAGUGUCCAUCUCCAUGAUCGAGCCACGAUGACGAGCUUAAUCGCCUUGUCUCUCUGUCUUUUUUUUUUCCCUUGGAGUUUUGAUGAGUUUUAAAGGUGAAAGUUGAGAUGCACGCACACAUAGCAGGACGAUGAAGAGGUUGAGAAACCAGCAGCCUCGGUUUAAAAAUCCUUGGGGGAAGGCAAGAUUGUUUCAUUCUUUGAGCAAUGGCAACGAAGCCUCUUGUAUAUACUACUCCCUCUGUUCCAAAUUAUAGGUCGCUUUAAGUUUUUUA